UUCGUUGGAAGUUGACGCUAUUUAUAAAAUUCCACGUGACUUCCUGGAGCUGUCCCAUCAAAACAAAAGCAGGGCUAACUUCCCCCACAAACAGCACUGGAAGUGGACGCCAUUUAUAAAAUGCCACGUGACUUCCUGGGAGCGUUCCUACCAGAACAAAAGCAGGGCUAACUUCUCCCACAAAAACACCACCAGCGAGCAAAGACGCCGUCGCCGCUCCUGCCCUUUUUAUCAAGGCUGACAUUCAAGGUUAAUUACAUGGUUCCUGAUUGUGGAUCAGAAGAAGUUCUUUCUUUAUCCUGGUGACUGAGUUCAGCCAAACAGGUUGUCUAAUGCCCCGCCUUGACUCUUCAUCAGCCACAGCAUUCCUCGUGUUCUGGUCACAAUAGAGUGCCAGGAUGGACUCCAGGUCUCGCAGGCUUCCCUUCUGCCUGUCAACUUCAAAGUCCUCGUACGCCUCCAGCGCCACGCCGUCCUCGUCGUCCUCACUGGGCUCCAGCAGGCUGUACAGCAGGGACACGGUGCUGAGCGAGCGCUUUCCCAGGGCAUCGGCCGCUUUUAAAGCAGACGUGGAGCAGAAGAGUUCUCGCCUCUUGAGCUCAUCCAGAAACUACAACAACUCCGACUCAAACAACGGCAGCUGGAAGUUGCCGUCCUCGCUGGCAUCUUCCACUCGAUCCUACGAGCGUUCGUGGACAGACUCGCCGCUCAGCAGCAGGACUAAACCGGCUGAUUCUGAUGGGAGGUUAGGCCGCUCCGGCCUGUUGACUUCCACUGAUGAUGGAGAUUCCAAACGGGCCAAACUGGCUUACAGUAACAGAGGACUGUACUCUGGAACCUCCAGCACCUCCCAUACAGGGUCCACCUACUCCAGUAGUGGACACAACAAUGCAAGAGCAGGCAUUCAGGAAAGACCAAGUGAUCCACUGGAGUCGUCGUGGACCUACAGCCGUUUCCUGUCGCGGUCCUCCACUUCUUCUUCAAAGCCGCAGUUGUCCAGCCGAGAGGCGGAGACCCAGAAUGAGCCGACUUUGUCCGGUCUGCGAGAAAGGAGGACAAGGAUCUCUGCGUUGACGUCGUCAUUGUACCCCACAGACCGCGUGGCCUCCACAUACGCCCAAGGUGCUCGGCCCAAAGAGACCGCCUACUGCUCGUCCUCCUUUUCCAGCGAGCGAGAAAGCUCGCCAGGCCGCCACGUGUCCUCCGCUGCCAGUCGCUUUUCUCUCGCCCGCGACUUAAACGACAGACCUGCUCCUCGCUACCUGAACGCCUCAUCCGGCCUCGCUUCAACCUAUGAACACGCCGCAGCCACCCUGACCUCACGCCCCACCUGGCACAGCGCACCGCCCACCAGACCGGAAGCCCCGCCCCCACCGAGACCCGCCGCUGGAAGUGCGGAAGCACAAGGGCGCUAUUCCACACGCCACCUUUUGUCCCGCCUCUUCUCACGCAGCUCCAGCCAGGACUCCUCCAGCAGCUCCUCAACUGUCGACGACGACACUCUGUCUGUGGACAGCGACGAGGGCGCCAGGAUGCCUGCGCUGGAGGCGGAGUCUAGAAGGUGGGAGGCCAUCACGUCCGGCAGCAAUCGCCGCAGACCCGACCUCGCUCCAAUACGGGAAAAAAAAGACGGCGGUCUCCCCGGUGCCACGACAUCGCAGAGCGAGGCUGACGGAGCGGCAAGUAGCAGCUACUCCUGGCUGUCGUCCUCCCUCCGUGGUCGCUGCCCUUCCCUUCUCUCCCGUCUGCGGAGGCACGCUCGCGACGACAGCGCGUCCUCACCCGCUGGCGCGGAGGAGGGCCUCAGUCGUCCUCAGCACUUACUGAGAAGAUGGGACGACCUGGAGCUCCGAUCCACACAGGAUGACAACAACCAAGAGGAGGAUGACGAGGAAGAGGACGAAGUAGAGCAAGGCGCCGUUGGUUUAGAUCUCUUUGCACGUCCCCGCCGGCAGGAGGACGACGACGACGACGACAAGUUACCUGAAGUGGAGGACGUUUCCGUGGGCUGGUCCCAGCGCCACAGGGUAGCUACAUUUCAAAACAACUCCAACGCUCCUCAAGGUGGCGCCGAGCGGCCAUUGGACGGCAUUCCAUCACUUAGCAGCGCCAGCAGCAAGCAAGAGAAGCUCCGCAUUAUUAAGGAAAGGCUGCUGCUGGAAGACUCUGACGAGGACGAAGGAGACUUGUGUAGAAUCUGCCAGAUGAGGGAGGAGUCCUCAUCCAACCCUUUGAUCCAACCUUGCUGCUGCACAGGAAGUCUGCAGUACGUCCACCAGGAAUGCAUCAAGAGGUGGCUUUGCUCCAAAAUUGGCUCUGGCACAAAUCUGGAGGCCAUCACAAACUGUGAGCUGUGCAAGGAGAAGUUGCGCUUGAACAUCGACAACUUUGACAUCCAGCAGCUGUACAGGACACACGUGCAGAUGCCCACCACGACAGCAGCGACGAGAGCGAAGAUGGCCGACUUUCCAUCGACUUCUCUGACCUGGACGACUACCUGGAGGACGACUGAGGAUGAAGAUGAGCGCUGGCUCAGGUUUGAAUGUCAAACAUCACCUCUUUAUUGGCAAUCAUCUUGCACUUCUUUCUGCGUGCAAUGCAACAUUGUGUGUGUAUGUGUAAUGCAACAUUGUGUGUAUGUGGAAUGCAACAUUGUGUGUAGGUGUAAUGCAACAUUGUGUGUAUGUGUAAUGCAACAUUGUGUGUAUGUGGAAUGCAACAUCGUGUGUAGGUGGAAUGCAACAUCGUGUGUACAUGAGCGCAUUGUGUGCGUGUGCAGGUUAUGCAACAUUGUGCCUGUGUGCCCAAUGCAACAUUGUGUGUACGUUUUAAUGCAACAUUGAGACCACAAGUGCUUUAACGUGGGAACCAAUCAGAGGACAAGAUGGCUGAUUUGACUUUUUCUUUUGUCUGCUUUCUUCUCCAGCGUUUGUUUGUAAAGUGACAACAUGACUUACUUGUUGUGUUGCACUUGAAAUGUGAAAAUAAGUGUCAAGUGUAAUGAUGUCAUGAUGGGAAUAAAGAAAAUCAAUCUA